GCUAGCAGGAGCUAGCACAGCUCUCCGAGCCUUCAGCUGGGCUUCUCUGAGCUACGCCAGACAUGUCGGACUUACAGUCGCUCUCUGAGUGGAGCCGUGCUGGAUUUCUCGAUGAUGUAGGGGCCUGGGACGUAACCCUCUUAAUUAUCUGACUGAACCACCGAGUAACUGUUACAGCAGAAGAACCAGACGAGCUGUUUUCUUUGUGGUGUUGUCUGAAGUCUGGGCAGAUUUCUGUAUGCUUGUGAGCCGUUGCACCAUCCUUGAUUGUGUUUGUUUAUGCUGGAUAACAAGCAGAAGAAAUCAAUGAAGAUCAGAGAUCAGCCUGCUUUAAGAUCCGUGAUGAGAGAGCCAGUGACGGCACAAGCUUGAGAAAGGACGGGAGGGUCUGCACGCCGUUCUGCGGACAGCGACGAGCAAGCAGAGAGCGUGAAUCCAGCGCGAGAGAACGUUGAGCAGGACUCAAUUAUGUCUUACUACAACAGAGAACUGGUUGUGUACUUUAUCAAGUACAAACUCUCCCAGAGGAACUAUCCCUGUAACCAUAUCGGGCUUAUGGAAGACACAAAUCGGACUGAAGGGGGUCAGGCGGCAGAGGCGGAUGUCGAGGGGGCGGCAGUGACGCCCACGGCAGUCGUCAAUGGAUCCGUAAAUGGGACAAGUCACGGUCCAGCGGGGUCGCCCACCUCGUCCCCCCAAAGAAGGUCCAACGGGGCCGGAGGGCUGGACGCCGUGAAGGAAGCACUGCGGGACUCGGCCAACGAGUUUGAGCUGCGAUACUCACGCGCCUUUAGCGACCUCUCCUCCCAGCUCCACAUCACGCCAGCCACGGCGUAUCAGAGCUUCGAGAGCGUGAUGGACGAGGUGUUCCGAGACGGCGUCAACUGGGGCCGCAUUGUGGGCCUGUUCGCUUUCGGUGGGGCCCUGUGUGUGGAGUGUGUGGAAAAGGAGAUGAGCCCACUCGUGGGACGCAUCGCAGAGUGGAUGACCGUCUACUUGGACAACCAUAUCCAGCCCUGGAUCCAGGAACAAGGAGGAUGGGAGCGCUUUGCGGAGAUCUUCGGGAAGGAUGCCGCAGCAGAGAGCAGAAGGUCACAGGAGAGCUUAAAGAAGUGGCUGCUGGCAGGAAUGAUCCUUUCCACAGGACUCGUGGUGGGCUCCCUCAUCGCUCAGAAGCGUCUGUAAGCAGGAAGAGGAUUCACUGAAGACUCAGCCUCACCCUCCUCCCAGCACAGACCUCGGGCAAACAAUGAAGGAACUUAAACCCUCUUUAAAGUUUAAAGUUUGGUUUUUGUUUUUAUUUUAUUGCCAAGAAUUGUCAUGUUUACACCCCUCCCUACCACGCUGCACCGUGGACUGCGCGAGUGGCCGAAGCACUUGUAACGUGCAUUUGGCUAAGGGGGGUUUGUUUCCACUUGGCCCAAAACAGGGUCAGUUUCUUAUGAUCUGUAAGUCACUGUCCAGCAAAAAUAAUUGAUUGGCGUUUGUCGAGAAUUAGUCCGCCCAGAAGGCUGACUGACUUCUCCUUGUUCUGUGUAGUUAUUAUUAUUAUUAUUUCUUGCUUCAUGUUCAAUCUUUUAAGUAUGCACAUUAUUUUCUUCUGUUCAGAAAGAAUGGAAAGUAGCAAAGAUACAGAUCUCUAACGCAAAGAAUGCUUAUAAGGACAGUACCUGAUCACAGGUGUCUCAGCUCAUGUUCUUGACCCUUCGUAGGUUUGUUAACCGGGCUAAAGGGACAUUGUCGAAGCCCUGCACUACAGUUUAAAGCUUUCUUUUCUGAGUCUUGAAGUGCAACACCUGAGCAUGCAUGAAUAGGCUUGCCUGUGGCAUCUUUAACAGAGUGGGACAGUACAAAAAGAAGAUCUUUUAGCCAUUUUGGUCAUUUUUUUUCCAGCAAAAUUUGGGUUAUGUUACCUUGUUGACAUUAAAAAAUUGUUGCAGUAGUCAGUGAAUAAUUCCUGUAGUUUAGUCCCAGAGUAAGCUUAAUUUACAUUCAUCUGAAGGCCCUUGUGGGCCCACACCUGCCCUGAACGUUUGUGGAGUGUGAAGCUAAGUACAUUAUUAAGCAUGAGGGUGUUCAAAAGCUUUGUUUGAGAUUCUCAGUUUUCCAGUGGACCAAGUGCUCCCUCACGCAUUCUGAGAGACUCUGUUCUGAUAUGGGCGCUAGUAAGUUAAGUGUCUGUAUGUUUGUUUUGUUUUUGUUUUGUUUUUGUUUUUUUAAUGUUGCGUUUAUUAAAUUUUAUUUUGUUGAAAGUAUGGUUAUCACCUAUAACUUUCUCUACACCGUUGGGAGUAUUGUAAGGAGAGGUAGAAUAGGUGCGUUUCUGUGUUAAUUGCCACCUUACACUGCAUCACACACACAUAACAUGUAAUAACUCAUUUUAACAGACAAAAAUUAGAUUAAAUCGCAUUGCCACAAGA